GCUCGUUCUUAUCUAAGCUUUCUAAAAAGCGCUGUUCGUUAUCCGGCCAAUGAAAUUUCAGCUUUUUACACGCAUGCAACCCUCCAGAGCUCCAGCACGCAGCGACUUGGUUUUGGACCCCAGUUGGACAGACGACUGCCUGAACAGUCAGUACGAAGCGUAUCCCCUUGCCAGACUAUUUUCGACAAAAUGGUUCUCGGAGUGAGGGUCUCGGAAGUGUUGAAUGCUAUUUUGAAGAGAGAUACCACUCAGUUCGACCGUGGAGAUAUCUCUUUCAUAAUCGUGGCAGGUGCCAUGGUAUCUUUCAUGAUACCAGGUCUCGCUUUUCUCUAUUCUGGGUUGGCAAGAAGAAAGUCCGCUUUGUCGCUUAUCUGGGCAGUUACUGCCAGCAAUGCAGUCUGUAUCUUUCAGUGGUACUUCUGGGGUUACUCUUUGGCGUUUUCGCCAACUGCCACCAAUGGAUUCAUAGGCAACCUUGCCCACUUUGGCCUGAUGGAUGUCCUUGGCGACCCGUCACCAGGUUCCCCACUCAUUCCUGACCUGUUGUACGCAUUCUACCAAAUGGAAUUCGCAUGCGUCACUGUCGGAAUCCUGAUGGGCGGGAUCGCUGAGCGUGGACGGGUUCUUCCGGCUAUAAUCUUCACGUUUUUGUGGAUGACCUUAGUUUAUUGCCCCCUCGCUUGCUGGCCGUGGAAUAUAAAUGGAUGGGCUUUUAAAUAUGGCGUUCUCGACUAUGCAGGUGGAGGCCCCGUGGAGAUCGGAAGCGGGGUAGGAGGAUUUGCCUAUGCCUGGGUGCUUGGCCGCAGGCAGGAGAAGGAACUCCUAAACUUCAGACCGCACAAUGUUUCCAUGGUUAACCUGGGUACAUUCAUACUUUGGUUUGGAUGGUUAGGUUUCAAUGGUGGUAGCGCUUUCGGUGCAAAUUUGCGUGCCGUCAUGGCGAUAUGGAACUCAAUGCUCGCUGCUGCGUUUGGAGGUAUCGUUUGGUGUCUCCUCGACUACCGUCUGGAGCGCAAGUAUACUAUGGUCGGGUUCUGCUCUGGAACCAUCGCUGGUCUCGUAGCAGCUACACCUGCUUCAGGAUUCAUCCAUCCCUGGGCGGCAGUCAUUAUGGGCAUAAUCAGCGGCGCCGUAUGUAAUUACGCAACUAAAGCCAAAAUACUUCUUCGUGUGGAUGACGCGCUCGAUCUUUUUGCUGAACACGCUGUCGGUGGGAUUGUGGGCCUCUUGAUGAAUGCGUUUUUCGCUUCCCGUUCCAUCGUAGCCUUGGAUGGCGUCAAUACAAAUGUUCCUGGUGGCUGGGUUGACCACCAUUGGAAACAGCUUUACAUCCAAGUAGCCUACAUUUGCGCGACGUGUUCAUAUACGUUCGUCGUUACUGCUCUCAUUGCCAAGUGCAUCAAUAGUAUCCCUGGCCUCCACUUACGCACAACGGCUGAGGGUGAGAAACUUGGUCUUGACGAAGUCGAGAUCGGUGAAUUUGCGAAUGACUAUAUUGAAGUACGGCGUGACUUCAUGGACUGGACGGCAUUUGGCGACCGCAUAGAUGCACACGAACCCAGCGCCAAUGGUGACAGACACGGUCAGCCAGACCUUGCACAACAGGAUCAACGACAAGAUUUACGCACUGAAGAACCAAGUCCCAAUAGUACUGAUGAGAAGGCACUUGAGCUCCCCCAGGCCGACGCGACCUCUCCUUAAUUGCAGAUGCUAUUUCAGCAUCUUCCUUCGUCUGUCAUUUCGCUAGUGCUAUCCAGUUAUCGCAUACACCAGUUUUCGCUCUCUUUUCUAUUCCUAUUUCCCAAUAUAAUUAUUG